AAGUAGCCUACGCGACAACAAUUUUGUCCGAGAGCACUAAUUAAUACUAAUAACUUCGUACAUGGUUAAAUUGUGAGCAAAUUGAUUAAAAAUGGAACACAUUACCCAAUGCUAGGAAGCAAAAUGGUUUAGAACUUUUAGAACAGUGCACACAAGUAAUUAUUAUAUGUAAAUAAAUUAAUAAAUUUAAAUAAAUAUUUAAUCAUGUAUCCGUGGGUUAUAGUUGCUAUUUGUCAUUUAUAUUUUAUCAAACCAGUCGUUCUAUAUCACGUAACACACAUAACACCGAAUCAAUUUAAUACAUUCGAGUACACGAAUCUGACGUUCUCCCACGCGGAGAGUCCGGUGUGGGACCCCGACAUCCAGACCCUGUACUGGGUGGACGUGCUGCAACAAGACGUGCACUCUCUGGACUACAGGACCAAGCAACACAAGGUCAAACAUAUUAACUACGGCGAGGUGAACAUAGUAAUUCCAAUAAAGAACAGCAGUCGACUGCUAGUUGGCGUCAGGAACGAGCUGCACAUAAUGGACUGGACGCGGCCCGGGGACUCGGCUCUGCGGUUCGUGGCAGCUUUCGACCAAGGCUUGCCCGACAACAUCCUGAACGAAGGGAUCGUCGACGCCUUGGGCAGAUUUUGGGGAGGAACAAAAGGCCACCAGCACGGCAACGACGUGGUUUGGGACGAGGGUGCGCUGUACAGCCUGGAGCCGCCUCACUUCGUGCCGCAGAUCCGACUGAAGCCGGUGUCCAUAUCCAACGGACUCGUGUGGUCGCUGAACAACACCAUAAUGUACUACAUCGACUCACUCUCGCGGAGAAUUGAAGCUUUCGACUUUAAUUUAGAAAGGGGACAUAUAAGCAGACGUCGCACGAUCCUGGAGUUAGACGAAUAUUGGGAUACCGAAGUCAUAGCAGACGGUAUGACUAUCGACAAGGACGGAUUCAUUUGGAUAGCUCUCAUGUUUCAUGGCUGUAUAGUGCGCAUCAACCCGGACACGAGGACGAUAGUGGAACGCUACAAGCUGCCGGUUACCCUGACAACGUCACUAACUUGGGGAGGCCCCAACCUGGAUGACCUGAUCGUAACCACCUCUAGACGGAACAUGAGCCCCGACACAUUGAAGAAGCAACCUCUAGCCGGCUCCGUCUUCAUACUACAUAACAUGGGCACUUCUGGUGUUAGAGAACAUAAAUUCGUUUUUAAUAAUGCUGAUACUUACAAAUAAAAUAUUGCUAUUAAG